UCGUUAAUCAGGGCUCAGGAUAAACCCUCCUUAAGCACACCCCCCACCCCCCACCCCAAACUGAUCGAUUAUGACGGCAAGCCAGCUUGGCUAAAUCUCAGAGGCCGUGCAGAUUUAGCCGAGGGAGGGAGAAGAGAGUACUGGGGGAGAAGAACAGGUGAAGGGACAGAACAAGAUGGCAAAGCAACUGUGAGAACAUGUGAGGACGAGAGAUGGACAUGAGCUAAAUGGUGGAUGAAUGGUUAGAUAAAGAUGAGGUAAAGACGGACUGAGGGCGGUGUGAGGUUGGAGGGAAGGGAAAGGACAGAAAAAUGGAGGACUGAUGUGAAGGUCAGAGGAACAGGGAGGAGUGGAGAGGGUGGUAAAGGUUAGUGGGACAGCGAAUUACUCCAUUAAUCACGCUGGAAAGAGUGACAAUGGAGUUGCGAGAGAAUGCGUGUGAAGAAAGGGAACAGGGAGGAACAAAAUCACUUUUCCUGCAACUGUAGUAUUUAUAUAAACUACUGCACCGUUAAAAAUAAAGCAUGUGGUGCUUCAUUCCUCAUGAACGGUCUUUUUUUAAUGAUGUCUUUUCAGGUUGAUUUGUAAGUUUUCUUUGUAUUCUUUGGGUAUCCUGGGAUUGCUUUGCUUGACCUACUCCAUCAUGAAUUUAUUUGGCCCAUCCUUCUGUUGAAAUUGGCCUACUUUAGUGACAGAUUGAUUUUUUAAAUAUAUAUAUAUAUAUAUAUAUAUCAAUAAUUUAUAGCAUAAAAUGAUGGCAAUGGAUUUUAAAGAUGGAAUGACACGUGGAUGCAAGAACAUUACACCCAACUUGAGCCACAGCUUAAGUGCUUCCGAGGCUGGGUAAACAUGUAUGCCGUCCUUCUCAGUCUGGUUUUGAUUAUAUAAUUUUUUGUCAAACCCAGCUUUAAUCUGCUGGAAGAGUUCAAACUGGGUGUGGGUAGAACCAUUUCAGAAUGCAUGGAGGAAUUUAAUUUAAUCCCUGAUUUCAUCAUUUUUUUCUCUGUGUGUGACGUGAAACUCCCACACCUGUACUUUGUUGUACAGAGCCGUGUGCAGUGUGCUUCACGCUGAGCAAGGUUGGUGGCAUGGAAACUUGCGCGCCAUCGCAAUUUCACAAUGAGUUCUCGAACCCGGGAGGCACAAUACCCUGCACCCUGACAGGGCUGCCCCCGCUAGCAGUCCCAUCAAUGUUCUUGUGCUAUAAUGUGUCUCAAAAUGUGUUUCUGUGCUCCAGGGUUCGGCUUUGUCACCUUUGAGAAUGAGGAUGUGGUGGAGAAGGUGUGUGAGAUCCAUUUCCAUGAGAUCAACAAUAAAAUGGUGGAGUGCAAGAAGGCCCAGCCAAAAGAAGUGAUGUCCCCAACAGGUUCAGCUAGGGGGCGCUCCAGAGUGAUGCCUUACGGCAUGGAUGCCUUUAUGUUAGGGAUCGGCAUGCUAGGUUAUCCAGGAUUCCAGGCUGCCACCUAUGCCAGUCGAGGUUAUACUGGCAUCACCCCUGGAUACACCUACCAGUUCCCUGAAUUCCAUUUAGAGAGGACCCCCCUUCUGACAUCACCCCACCCCCCUGAGAUCACAGGUCGGUCCCUCAACUGGGGUUUACAAGCAGCAUGCGCCAUUCCUCUGACGGCCUACGGACCAAUGGCAGCCGCGGCAGCAGCAGCAGCGGUUGUUCGAGGUUCCACCCCUUCCCGCUCAGCUGGGUUUCUUGGUACUAGCAGCCCUGGGCCAAUGGCAGACCUGUAUGGCGCAGCGAAUCAGGACUCUGGAGUCAGUAGUUACAUCAGUGCUGCAAGUCCUGCCCCCAGUACUGGAUUUGGUCACAGUCUCGGGGGACCUCUGAUUGCCACAGCCUUCACCAAUGGCUACCACUGAGAAGGCUGUGAGACCAGAAGAUGGGAGGGGGUCAACUGUACUUUGAGCCAAUCAGAUCUCUUUUUAUGCUGAAUGUUGCUGUUUGUCAAGCCCCAUUGGCUGCUGCAGCUCUUGACCCUGGCUUCUCUUGAUUCCACCAGAAGCCCACAGAAGAUCUUUUAAUUUCCUGUUUCCUGUACUAACAUCACUUCCUGUCUUCCCUCAUUCCCUCAUACCUUCAUGUAGGCCUCUAAAAGUAGUUUUUUUAGGACGUUUGUCUGGAGUUUCCUACAGUUGAAGAGCUUCUUUCAGGCAGACAAAAAUGUAAAAAAAAAUAAAAAAAAGGUUUGAGUGUAGAAAUCAUUCGGAGGAUCAUUAGCUCCUUAUGUUUUGUUUUAUUUACUUGACUGUUCUUGAGGAAUUUUAAUUUUAUUUAAUUUUUUUGUUUGUCGUCUUUGUUGCUUUGGAUUAUACUUUUUGUCAGAAAUUAAAACCAUUGUCAUGGUGUUACAGAGGGAGGGAGAGAGCGAGCAAGAAAAUAGUUUGAGAAAAGAAUAACAUGUUUCUCUAGUCAUAAAUGAUGGUACAUGGACGGAAGCAAUGAUUGGUUUGUGUGCAUGGAUGUUUGUGUCUCAGUGUUCGGUUCUUAAGUAAUUUUAAGAAAACAGAAUAAUUCUAAUUGAACAUUUUUUUACAAAAAAGACAUGCAAAAGGAAAGAUGUAUAUUUUGGUAGUUUUGAAACAAAAAAGAACAUUUGUAAUAUUAAUAAUAAUAGUAAUAAUCAUAAUCAAGAACCUAUUUUCCAUAAUUGGUUUUAAACAAUGUUUUGUUUCUUCCUGUAAUAUAUUGUAAAUAUAGUUCAGUCUUUUGGGUUUUUUUUUUUUUGCUGUAAUAGGGACGGGGCAAUUUUGGGGGCAGGGACAUUUAUAUUUCCUGGAAAAUGAUUGUAAAGUUGGAUAAAUCACCUUGAGUGUUGAAUACCUGAAGUGUUAAAUAUCAGUGUCACCGGGUGAAGGAAAAAAGAUGGCAUCACUCCAGAUUUUAUCGCCCGUAGGUUCUUCUUCACAACCAUCAGUCCAGAAACAAAGGGUGUACUCAUUCUCUUGGAAUGACACAGAGCUCUUUAAAGAGCCCUUACUUAUUUUGUGUAAUCGAUACAAAUUGUAUGAACCAAGGAUCUUCUGCCGGUAAAAUCUGAUGUGACUCUCUCUACAGUGGGAGAUGUGAUUUAUUCCCUGCUGUUGAAUAUUUUUCUCCUUAAUGAGGACUUAUGUGGUGUUAAGCUGCUUUAUACAGCAUUCUUGUAGGGGACAAGUGAUUUCCCCCAGCAGUCUCUGGCUGCUUUUUAUACUAGUUUGCACAUUAGAAAUUAAACCAGUGAUUUUAAACACCCUUAAACACAUUUCUCUCGAUGGCACGGGAAGGUCGCCACUACUGUAUUGAGGGAAUGGGGUUAGUGAAAUCUGGAACUGGCAUUCUGCAGUUAAUGGUUCUUAUAGGGUGGAAUAAACUGGAAAUACACUACUGUAAAUGUCAAGAGGCUAUAAGGUUGUGCUUCAGCGUGUAAACCUAUAUCACCAGAGUACAGUGGGGAUAUUUCUGACCACAAUACCCCCCCUCCCCCAUUUCUGGGGGAAAAACAAUGAACUUAAGGUGCUUCAUGCAAUUGGGCCUGAAGGAUUAGGUGAGGAAUGUGGGUGUAUUUGAUGGGAGGGGUCUAAAUAUUCUAUUUGAGUCUUGCAAAAAGAAGAAAAAAAAAACUCUUUGUGGCAUCAUUAUGCGAAGUCUUCUUUUUUAAAAUAGUUGCUUUUUAAAUGCAGUUCCAAUGAACUGUCUCUGACUUUAAAAAUGAAGGACACAUUUUCCAAAAGCAAGGGAUUAUGGAGAAUGUUUGGUCAAGGUUCUAUUCUGGCUGAAUUCUUCCUCUUCAGAUCUUAUUUGGCGGUGUGUGUGUGUGUGUGUGUGUGUGUGUACGUGCGUGCGUGCGUGUGUGCGUGCAUGUGUGUGUGUGUCUUGGUGUGUGUGCAUAUAUGACUGCUUCUGUAGGCUGGAUAUUUGGCGAAUGAGUUGUAGAUCAUUCAUAUGAGUUUCUGAUUCCAUCUCGAUCUGUCAUUGAAGCUCUCUUUUUGUACAAUGUGGUUCGAUAGAAGCUAAGAAGCUACAUGGGAAAUUUGGGGAAAAUGCAUCCGUAGCCUGUGUUUGGCUCAAAACUGUUCUGCAUGUUUUACAUGGAUUGCAAUGGUGCAGAAACAACAUUUGGUCCUCUGUGGGCAUCUUCCCUCAUCUUAACCAACAUCUGCAUUUAUUAAUGCCUUAAAAUAUACUGGGGAUAAACUGCCUCAGAGCACACUGCUGCAAACUGGUCUUCCAUUUUAGAACAUCUCCUACCCGCCAGCCUCUUCUGUCUCAUGCUCCCAGAAUCACAAAGCUUCAAUGCCCACCUGCACUGUCUAAGACUCAACCAAACUACUGCGUGACACAAACACUGUAGCUAUUUAACAGACAAAAAGCAAUAUUUUAUAUUUUCUUCUUAUAAUUAUGAUGGUAAUGGUGAUAAGAUUCGAAGAUAAUUUUGUGGCAUUCAAAAUACUCUUUCAUUUCUAAGACUUAUUAUAUUAACAUGAAGCUGAAAUUAUUCCUGUGACUGAUGAGUAGUUUUUGAAUCAUUUUCAAAACAUACUUUUUUGUGGGAUUUUUUUGUUUUGUUUUAUUGUUUUUGGGUGGGGUGGGUGAUGGGGGUGGGGGUGGUAAGGAGUGUGUUUGUGACAGUAGCCAUGGAGAGUGGAGAGGAGGGACCUGGCUCUAUGUUGAUGAGGAGAGGUGAUGUCUUAGUCAACACUGUAAGUUUUUUUUUGUCUUCCUCUUUUUGUUUUUUUGUUUUUUCUCCUCUGGAAACUUCAUUUUAAAAUUCCUAAUAAAUUAUUUUAAAACAUUCCA